GUCACUACCACACAAGUAAUCGAUACUUGGCUCUCUAUUUGAAUUUUCGAACAAAAAUAAGCUCUUUCCAAAAUGGUUAUUUUUAUUUUUCACGUUAUUUCUAUACUUUUUACAAUCGCGGCAGCUGCAAGCAAUUUAAAAGACAUUAACUACGACACCCCUGUUAAUAGCAUUGUCAAUGAUCUGAUCGAGAACUGGGAGUCGCCUUUUGCUUACCUGAAGAGUCGCGGCUACCUGUCAGAGGAUCUGCCAUCUGCCCCAGAUUUCCAGGAUUUCCAGCAGCAGCUGCAGGGGAAUUUGGGCAAGGAGCUGGCUCUUGAAAAGGAUUCCAAGCGAGGAUUGGACAAAAAAGAAAAUAAUUGCGAUUCAAGGGCUCUUCGAUCUUCUGACGAGUCAGAACAUGAUAAACUGAAGGAUAUGUUCUAUAAUUUGUUCAGCUCAAGGACGGAAUCAGCGUCAGAUGAGCUCAAGUCCAAGCUGGACGUUGACUGGGACAUGAAUGCCCUAAAAUAUUCUGCCCGGGAGAGUGCCGAAAAGUAUGUCAAGGCUCUCGAGGAAACAGGCAAACCGAAGGACCAAGCUGAGGAACCUUAUUUAAAGAAACGUCAGGCUCAGCAUCCUUUGCGAAAAGAGCACCUGGGACAAGACCAUCUACUUAAACAGACUGUGCCUUUUGCCCAUCCGAAAUUUUCCAGUGGCUUGCCCAGGGCUCUGAGAAGUCUGAGAAAGGCAAUACGGAGAUCGAAAAUGGAAUCGCAGAAGAAAAAUCACGGGAAUAUAUUUCUAGAACAAACAACUGGAAAAUCUUUAUCAUUAAAAGUUAACUGAGUUGUGAAA